AUGGUGCCGGCCGGGGCGGGCGUGGAGCGGGGCGGCGCUGCUCUGGCCGCGGUGAGGUUCCCGCUGCUCCUGGAAGCGACCGCGGGGAUGUUGGAGACCAGUCCGCCUUCGCAGUCUGCUGGGCAACCCCGAGAACCACAGGCUUCUGGGGGUGGAGCUCCCACAGCCCGCCAGGUCUCCGCCUCCCGGGACUGCGCAGCCUCCCGGACCGCCUCCGGGUCACCGACUCUGCGCUGCUGUCACCGCUCCGGGAGAAGUAGGGCGGUGUUUGGGGCUGCAGGACGAAGAGGCAGUCAGGCGAAAGCUUCCAGGAGCCGCAUGCGAGUGGGAGGCAAGGCCACCGGCUCUUUGAUGGAGGGAGAUAGACCCGACAGCAGGAACAAACCAGCUCCAAGGAUCCCACUGGGCGGCAAACUCCGCUGGAACUCCUGUUCUGAGCCCAGGCACUCACCGAGAGGCGAAGAGGGUAGAGACUCACCCAGGAGACUGAGGAGGGAGAGAAUGUGCAGUCACAGAAGUGCAGGAGAAGCUGGAACCCAUGCCUCUGAGAGGCUGGUUGCUCCUGGAGGAAUCCUGUUUUGAUAAGAGAGGGAAAGAGGAAAGACCAAAGCACAUUCUUCUCUGGGCAUGAAGGCAGUUACCCAGCAACUGAUGCAUAGAGAAAAGUAUAUAAGCAAGAAGUAAAAUUCUGGUUUCUUUAUCUCUCAAAUAAAUAAAUAAAUUUAAGUGAACUAAUAAGUGCACAUCAGUAUAAGAGAAAAAUAAGUAACUUCAGAAUUUUUCCCAUAUAUGAAAACCAUCUGAAUAAAAAAAUAAAUAUUUUUAAAAAUAUAAAUAAUAAAAUGUAAAUAAAAUAUUUAGAUAAAAAAUAAAAAACGCACUCAAUGCUGACUGUACUGUUUCUGUCUAUAGUUUACAAUGUUGACUGUAGUCCUCUCUGUCUACAAAAGCUCUUGUCCACUGAUUGUCAAGGG